CCUUUCGCCUUGGAAGAAGUCCUGGAAGUCUUUCUCGUCAUUUUCGAAGCCGCAGUCGAUGCCCGACCUACACGGUCUUUCUCGCACGCAACACCCAUCGAUCAUCCGUGGGAGAUUGGCCUGACUGUUUGGGAAUUCUACUACAACGACGGCCCCAACGUUGCUCCUUCUGGUCUCUCGCCGAUGCCUCAGCUUUUGGUGCGGGCCAUGGCGAAGAAAGACCUUUGCGACCACUUUGCGUUUCUGCUUGUGGACGAGGUUACGCGGAAACUGCACGGUAUAAUACUUCGGUGCCUCAAGCCCAUCCCCGUAUUUGUCUGUGCCCUCCCAGAUGGCGAGGAACGAUUCGCGAUCCCCGACCACUCCGUUCUCGACAUCAUCACGCGCGAAGGCGAUAGACUGAUAAUGGAUGGAACACCGGAGCAGUUUGGCUGGUCGCGCUCGACCUGGCUUCUAUCGUGGGAAGAUUUCGAAGACCCACGGAUGAUGAGACACCGAAGGAUACCGUAUGCAGAUGGGGUGGACAGGGCGGAGAUGUUCGAGGUGAUAGAGGAAGAUGAGAACGGGUAUUGGUGGAUAGUGCGACGAAGGAUGCAGGACCUGUUCGGAGAAAUGAAUUGGGUCGAACUGGGGACCUUGUCGCAGAGUGAGCGACUUGAUCAAGUGAGGAGGCGGGCAGAAGAGAAGUUU